AUGUACGAACGUGAUGAUGACAUGAAAUUAGCAGUUGGAAGCAUAUCGGCUUAUCCAAGCAAUUUGUCGGUCUGCUGUUUAGAGAGCAAAAACAUCACAUAUGCUUGUGUUGCUCAUAAAACUCAGGUAAACCACAGAUUCACUACAGACAGGAGCCUUUUGUGGAACAGCUUUUGUCGUGGAAUAACCUGGAACGAUAAUUUUAUCUUAGUUGGAACAUCAUCUGGGCGUAUUAUUCAGUUCCAGUGCAAUGGUGAAACCUCGAUAGUGACGAAGAAAUGCUUAAGGGUAUGUUUAAUUACUGAUAUGGCUACUUGCCGUUACAACGAGGUCACUUGUUCCUGUGAUUGCUCGGGAACAAUUAUUGUGUGGAACAAAUGCUUUAAAGGAGUACAACUGAAAAUGGCCACGCAGCAUCCAAUAACUGUCGUCAACGUGCUACACAAGCAAGUGAUCGUGGGCACUCUUCGUGGACGCGUGCUGUUCUUUUCGAUUUCUACAGGCGAACUAAUUGCUGAGGUCUUCGCACACGCAAGAUCUGUGACAUGUGUUUCUGUUGCACCUGAAGCUGCUUAUGUCUUAACUGGAUCUGAGGACGGGCGGUUUAUCGUGUACAAGCUACAUAUGAUGAAAGCCCAAACAUUUCAAGUGGAAUAUCGGUAUUGUGAUGAACUCCCGAAUUGUGCAAUAAUGGGGGCUCAGUUCACAAACAGUCGCGGAAGUAACAUCGUUGUUGCCUGCUUUGAUCGAAACGCCCUAUACGGAUAUCACAUGGUCAGAAACACGGCUGGAUAA